AAUCGAUAGAAAGACAACAUUAUCACAAUAUGAUCGCCGCAGUCCUUUGGAUAAGCUCCCUUUUGGCGUGUGCCUUAAUGACGUCAUCCGUCCCACAUGCGGACGUCGCAUCGCGUGUGUUUCAUCAUAGGGUGUCCUCACAAGGCAGCAAUGACCUCCCUACAGAUACACAAAAGAGACACGAUCAAGACCACGUGACAAUGUCCCCGCAAUCUGAUUCGUCGGAUACACAUUACGGCGCACACCUUAUUGAUAGGACAGUUCUCUUUCCACACGACACCACGUGGUGUGUGGCUCGCCCCAUUAGUCAGGUGAUAGAAAGCCCCGGAUGUACGGCGAGAACGAUUCCGAAUAAGAUGUGUGCUGGGCAGUGUUACAGUUUCACCGUUCCUAAGAUUUUUCCACACGAUAUCCGAUCCCAAUUUAAAUCAUGUGACUGCUGCCAGCCUUCCAGAGUAACAUGGGUGACAAUUCCACUUUCUUGCAAUGCUGUAGAUGGUGACACUGUACUUCACAAGCAUGUCGAAGUGGUGGAGGAAUGCGAAUGCAAACCGUGCUCGUUUUACACGUCGACGUCGUCAUGGAGUACGGAGUCAACGACCACCAACGACACGGAAUAUUCGGACGAGCAGUCGUCCUAUGUAGAAAGCCCUAGUGCCCCUUGAGGGGCGCUCACGUUGACAGAGUCCGUAAUAUCGUUAAUAUCUUUUUAUGCCACUCAGCUAUGCCUUUGCCACACUAAAUAGGCCGGUUUACAAACAUAUUCAAUUUUCAUGCAUACCUUGUCUUGUGAACAGCGAUUUAUCUUGACAACCUGAAAGCUUUGCCCGAGGCUUGUCCGAAAUAGCAACAAGUAAGGUAUGCAGACUGGAUUCCAAGUAUCAUUCAUUUAUAACAGGUUAA